AUGACACAUGGUGAGGGACUCCAGCGCCUUGAAAAAUAUGCGAAACACUCUGCCCAGACGCUCUUCAAGAAGGGCUUGCAUACCGGCAUCGUUCCGCAGAGCUGGAAGCACGGGGUUAUAAUCCGACUCCCAAAACCGGACCAGAAAGCGACUGAACUGGCAUCAUACAUGCCAGCACCGCUCACAAGUUGCCUCUGUAAACUAAUGGAACGCACCAUAGCAGCACGCAUUCGCGACGUUAUAGAGCCAGCCCCCACACCACAGCAGCCCGGAUUCAGACUAGUCCGCUCCACACUUGACCGACUAUUGCACCUUUGA